AUGGGUGCCAUCUUCGGGCAAUGCUCAGUCAUUGCACCCUUCGUUUUCUGCUCGAGAAGUCAAACUCCACACCCUGAAUGCAAGGGUCGACCAGGACCAAUUGGGCUUCAAGGACCAAUAGGUGCACCUGGAUUUAUGGGCCCAGAAGGUUUGCCAGGAGCAAAAGGUGGGAGAGGAGCAGUAGGACCUCCUGGACCAGCUGGACAGAAAGGUGACAAGGGCCCAAUGGGAGUUCCAGGAUUUCAAGGCAUCAACGGGAUCCCAGUAAGUUUACACAUGGUCAUCCUGGACAAUCUGGACCUAGAGGUCUGCCUGGCCUCGAUGGCUGCAAUGGGUCGUCCUGGCCCAAAAGGCCUUAAAGGAGAACCUGUUUUUGCUCAGGGCAGUCUCAAAGGAAUGAAGGGCCCAAAAGGUUUUCCAGGUCCAUUAGGUGCUGCAGGCCCUAUAGGAUUACCAGGUCUACAGGGUGAUGUAGGGCUGCCUGGCCCUCCGGGUCCCCCACCAUCCACUGGAAUACUGGAAUUCAUGGGAUUUCCAAAAGGAAAGCAAGGAGAAAAGGGCUGUGCUAUUCAGUUCCAGCCAGAACACAGAUUUAAUGUUGUCAUUUUUCCUCAGGGUUUUGAAGGUGUUGGAGAAAAAGGAGAAAAAGGUGUGCCUGGCUUACCUGGUGGUAGGGGUCAUCCAGGUGUUCCAGGCUACCCAGGACUGGAUGGAGUUGAAGGCAUGAAGGGUGAAUUAGGUGACAUUGGUUCCCCAGGCCCUCCUAUUAUUAUUGACAGGGAAGGUCUUGUCAUUUCAGGUGCCCAGGGUGACCCUGGAAGCCCGGGAAUACCUGGUCCUCCAGGAGAUGAAGGGAUCAGUGGUUUACCAGGCCUACCAGGAGCUCCAGGGUUUCCAGGCCUGGAAAGAGAUGGAAUGGGCCCUGGAGGGUCUCCAGGUAUUCCAGGUGUGAAGGGUGAACUGGGAGAACCAGGGAGAGCAACAAUUGGAUUACCAGGGUCUCAAGGCAGAGAAGGUUUGCCAGGCCUGCCAGGAGCACCAGGAUUGCCUGGUUCACCACGAGAGGCAGGUGAUUGUGCUUGUGAUGGAGGAGUUACAAGAACUGGACUAAAAGGCAUCUCAGGCCCACCAGGUCCAUCAGGAAGCCCUGGUCUGCCUGGGAUCAAGGGCAUUGGUGGAGACCCAGGCACUGUGGGUGCCCCAGGACUGCAAGGCCCUCCGGCUUCAGCUGGUCAGCAAGGUCCUCCAGGUCUUAAGGGAGAAAAAGGGGAUUCGUCCUUUGCAACAGGGAAAGGUGCUCGUGGGGACCGUGGUACCACAGCACCCAGAGGACCCCCAGGCAUCCCAGGAAGCCCUGGCAGGGAUGGACUCCCAGGCUUGCCAGGACCACCAGGCCCCCCAGGUGAUGGUGGCCUAGGCUUCCCAGGUGAAAAAGGAUUACCAGGAUUACCUGGUCCUAAAGGCCAUCGUGGAGAGACUGGUUCUCCUGGCAUUGGGUUUCCAGGUCCUAGUGGACUUCGUGGGCCACCAGGUGACCCAGGAAUGGAUGGAUUUCCAGGGCAAGCAGGACUUCCAGGCCCUCCAGGUAUCACCUUGCCCUGCAUAGUUCCAGGAGCAUAUGGGCCCCCAGGGACUCCUGGCUUUCCAGGAUUGCCAGGCUUCCCUGGGCCUCGAGGAGAGCAAGGCUCACCAGGUCUUCCAGGACUGGAUGGAACAGAUGGUUUGCCUGGAAAAAUGGGUGCUUCAGGCUUAGCUGGAACAAAAGGAGCACCUGGAGAUGUCUUUGGUGCUGAGAGUGGAGCCCUGGGAGAGCGUGGCAGACCUGGACUCCCUGGUGAUAAAGGGCUUACAGGUGAUCCUGGAUUUCCAGGACCGAAAGGACUUCCUGGAGUCAAAGGCUUGACUGGGGAUGUAGGUCCACAAGGCCCUGCUGGUAUGAAAGGCUUCCCAGGUCUUGAUGGUGCUCCAGGAUCUCCUGGAGAAAGAGGAUUCUUAGGGCCACCUGGGCCUUUUGGUCAAGAUGGACGUCCAGGUUUCUCAGGGACAAAAGGUGAGAAAGGGUCUCCUGGACUGCUUGGUUUCCCUGGCAUGCCAGGCCUGCCUGGUGUCCCUGGGGUGAAUGGCUUUAAAGGAGCUCCUGGCACAGCUGGAGGAAAAGGGAGCCCUGGAGCUGUGGGACUCCAAGGUCAAAAAGGUGACAGAGGUGAUGUAGGUCCACCUGGUCCUCCUGUCCUUGGGCUUCCAGAACAGGCACUGCAAUUCAAAGGAGACAAAGGAGAUCCUGGGUUAGCUGGACUUGGAGGAUUCCCUGGACCUAGAGGUGAUAAAGGAAUCCCAGGAAGCCGUGGACAGCCUGGUCUCCCUGGUCCAGUUGGGUCAGCAAACAAAGAGAGAGGUCUUCAAGGUGACCCAGGCUUCCCUGGUCCACCUGGACAGCCUGGGCUUCCAGGACAGAAGGGUUCACAUGGUAUCACAGGAUUUCCAGGAAUGCCAGGAGAGAGGGUGACCCGGGAGAAUCUGUUGGAAUUCCUGGCAUUGCUGGAGCAAAGGGAGAGCGAGGGGAUCCUGGGUUCCCAGUUUGAUUUGUUCUGUAGCAUGGUGUCUGGUUUUAUCCUUUCAGGAGAGAGAGGGAGAGAAGGACCUAAGGGUGAACCAGGUUACCCAGGAAGCACUGGGAUGAAUGGACUCAAAGGCAGCCCAGGAGAUCUUGGCCAAGAAGGACCAGCAGGAAUCUCUGGAAAUGCUGGGCUGAGAGGAAACCCUGGGCCACCAGGACCUCCAGGACAGCCAGGAGCUGUCGGAUUCCCUGGAGCUCGUGGAGCAGCAGGACCUAAAGGGUUUCAUGGAUUUCCAGGUUUGAAUGGUUUGAAUGGCUUGCCGGGCACAAAAGGAUCUCCUGGAACACCAGGUCUGAGUGAAGCUGGACUGAAAGGCCCUGCAGGUCUCCCAGGUCCAAAGGGUGAAGAAGGUUCUCCAGGCUUGGGUCCCCCUGGUCCUGUGGGACUGCCUGGCUUGCCAGGAACACCUGGAACUUCUCUUCCUUCUGAUAUACGUGGGAGACCUGGGGAUGCUGGCCACCCAGGAACUGAUGGGAGUCCAGGUCUUACAGGUCCUCCAGGGCCACGAGGGCCCCCUGGCCCAGCUUCUGACCAAGGUGACACAGGCAAUCCAGGUUUCCCUGGUGUUCCUGGCUUGCGAGGCAUUAAGGGUGAUGUGGGACCCACUGGUCCAAUUGGUCUCCCUGGAGCAUCUGGAUUCAAAGGUAUCAGAGGGGAGCCUGGCCUUAUGGGGAUGCCAGGAAAAGAUGGACCUCCAGGGGAUCCUGGUUACCCUGGGCUGAAAGGUGAAAUGGGUCGUCGAGGUCUCCCUGGCCAGCAAGGGGCUCCAGGUAUAACCCCCCAGCCAGAAGAAAUCACAGCCCCUGCAGGGUUACCUGGUCUGCCAGGUAUUGAUGGUGUCCCUGGCUUUGAUGGAGAUCCUGGAUUCCAGGGCCCAGCUGGAAAACCAGGUACAAAAGGACUGCCAGGAAGAUUUGGUUUGAAAGGACGGGAUGGUUUACCUGGAUCACCUGGUGUAGCUGGGGAUCCAGGACCCUCAGGUGCCCCAGGACCACAAGGAUAUGAAGGUGCUGCUGGGAAGCCAGGCUCACUUGGUUUGCCAGGAAUGCCUGGUCGGAGCGUAGGGGUUGGAUACACUUUAGUGAAGCACAGUCAGUCAGACCAAAUCCCACCUUGUCCCAUUGGAAUGAAUAAGCUCUGGGAUGGCUACAGCUUAUUAUACGUGGAGGGGCAGGAAAAGUCACACAACCAGGAUCUUGGUUUUGCUGGCUCCUGUUUGCCUCGUUUCAGCACCAUGCCUUUUAUUUACUGCAACAUCAACGAAGUGUGCUACUACGCCAGCAGAAAUGACAAAUCCUACUGGCUCUCCACCACUGCUCCCAUCCCCAUGAUGCCAGUGGACAGUGUCCAGAUCCCACAGUACAUCAGUCGUUGCUCUGUCUGUGAGGCCCCUUCCCAGGCAGUGGCUGUGCACAGCCAGGACAUCACCAUCCCACAGUGUCCCCUUGGCUGGCGCAGCCUAUGGAUAGGAUACUCCUUCCUUAUGCACACUGCAGCUGGUGCAGAGGGUGGAGGUCAGUCCCUUGUCUCACCUGGCUCUUGCCUGGAGGAUUUCCGUGCCACUCCGUUCAUCGAGUGCAACGGUGCCAGGGGAACCUGCCACUACUUUGCCAACAAAUACAGCUUCUGGCUGACAACAGUUGAACAGUCCCAGCAGUUUGUCAGUGCUCCUCCUUCUGAAACUCUGAAAGCAGGACAGCUCCGGACAAGGGUCAGCCGCUGCCAGGUGUGCAUGAAGAACUUGUAG